GUUCUGCACCUUCCUCUCUCCGUUCCACAGCUAUAGUACAUGAAGACUCGGGGAAAAAAACUUUCAAAAACACAGCUACAAGUGGAUUUUUUUUUUUAGUUUUGGGUGUUUUCUUUUUCAAUCCGUUAAAACUUUUGCUGAUUUUUCCUUUUUUGCCAAUGCUUGUCACUAACAAACAGUUGAGUCUUGGUCGCUCCCACAGUUGGGACACAUUAGGAGGGAAUGAGGGUCAGUGGGACAGGGCUGAGAGUGUCUACGAGCAGCAGGCAAGAGUAGCCGGCCGGCGGAGCUCUCUGUCAUACGGAGAGGGAGGAGGGUGGUACGAGCCUCCACCAGGAGUGCAGCCCCCUGACCUGGAUUUGAAACGCGACCCGUAUUCCUACCAAGACUCUCUCUACGGACAGGUUUACGCAGACCGACACGACCCAAGGGGGUUGAGGAAGGGCUCAGUGCCUGAUCUAAACCACUACGAACGUGUACCAAUGGCUCACCGAGGAUCCAUUCCGCAUCAGGAUUACUACUCUCAUGACCCGGCUAUGACUCCUCGGCCGCCUGAGGGCUUUUACCGGCCAGAACACCAGCCUCCGCCGCCUCACCCUCAUCCACUCAGUAGGUCAGGCUCUCAUUUCGGGAUGGCUCCUGGGGCUCGUAAUGUGUGGGAUCAAGGUCAGGGAGGGAGAGCAGGAAAUCAAGCCCCUGCAUCGCCUCUACCUCCUCCUCCCCCUCCUCCAACCGCUCAGGAGUUGAACCGGGCUUACAGGGAACCUGGUGCUGUAACUGCUGCCAAAAUGACGCCAGAUGGCCAACGCAUACCCUCCCGAGACCCAUCUCCUGCUCAUUAUGGUAUGGAGCAUGCAUCUCCUCGGUAUGCCAGUGAGCCUCCACCUCUGACCGGUCAGUCUGUCUAUACUGAUGUUAAUGGGCGCCCAUUGGAUCCACAGCAGCAGGCUGCUACCUGUCUAGUAGUGGAUCCAGCCAGUCAAGGUAUGAUUAUGAGGCAAGAGACAGCCUCACCUUUCACCAUUCAACAACAACAGCAAUUACAACAGCAGCAACAAUUGCAACAGCAGCAACUUCAACAGCAACAUUUGCAACAGCAACAAAUACAACAGCAACAGUUACAGCAACACCAACUACAGCAGCAACAAUUACAACAGCAACAGCUUCAACAACAACAGUUACAGCAACAACAACUUCAGCAAGAACAGUUGCAGCAGCAUCUGCAACAGCAACAAUCCAUGCCGCCCCAACCUACCAUGCCCAUCUCUGACCCUAACUUUUCUAUGGCAGCUCCACUUCCCACUCCACCUGCCCCAGUGCAGACCGCAGCAAUUUCCCCAGCAGUCCCUGUCCCCAUGCAGGCUGCUCUAACUUCAGUUCCUCCUCCCCCUGUCACUUCACUUCCUGCUCCUCUUCCUGCUCCUACCCCCACUGCGCCACAGACGCCUUUGCCUGUGGACCCCAAGAAGAACAUUGAUCCUGAAUUCCUUGCCCUGCUGCGAAAUGAGGGCCUCUCAGAGAGCACCAUCUCCUCAGUUAUCCAGCAGGGAUUUGACUCAACUAGCAUGCUGGCUGUUAUGGAGGAGAACGAUGUCCGCACCGUUGCCCCCAACCUUGGCCAGGCUCGUGUACUAUUUCGCGUGGUCCACAACUGCAAGCGGCCGGCUGAGGCUCUGCCAGUUCCCUCCCAACCUCAAACACCCAUGCGAGGCCGCUCUAAUAGCUUUAGUCAUCGUUCAGACAUCUACUCCCAGCAGCACCACCAUCCACAACACCCUCCACAGGCUUUGACCGUGGACCCCCAGUUGAUGCCCCCACAUUCUCCUGGGGCCAUGCAGACCAUCUCCCCAAGGAUGGGAGAAGUUAUGAGUAGGAGGCCCAGCAGCGCCCCCUCUCAGCACCUCCUGGAAGCCUCUGGGGGCUACCCAGGCCAACCACCUCGCUCCCCAGGACCAUACGCUGGAGCCAUUAUGCCUGUUCAAUCAAGACCCAUGUCAGCCUACUCUUCUGGGAUGACAAUGCCAGGGAUGCCCAUGCAUGGUAUGCAGAUAAUGCCACAGCAGAUGACUGGGUCAAUGCCUGCCAUAGCAGGGUCUAUGCACUCCAUGCAAGGUAUGCCACAGCAGAUGCCCGUGUCCAUGCCAGCUUUACCACAGCCACCACAACAGGUACCAAAAGCUUACUCUACAAAUUACACAGUGCCCAUGGAGCUGAUGAAGAGGGACAGGAACUUAAUGCCAUUGUCACCCAUGCAUAGCCCUCACCCCAGUCCUCAGCAGAUGCGUAAGGGUGGUGGAACUGCACCAGACAAUGCCAUUGUCCCUAUGGGAGCACCAGGCCAAGGCCAAGGUGCCCUGGUUGCUAACCAGAAGCUAAGCCGCCGCACAGGUCCACCAGUCAUCGUGUCCACUAUGGCGUCUCCAGAUACAAGUAUUCGGCCCCAGAUUAUGAAUGGGCCUAUGCACCCACGCCCCCUGGUGGCGUUGCUGGACGGGCGCGACUGCACCGUGGAGAUGCCCAUCCUCAAAGAUCUGGCCACCGUGGCUUUCUGCGAUGCCCAGUCCACACAGGAAAUACAUGAAAAGGUGCUGAAUGAGGCUGUAGGGGCCAUGAUGUACCACACCAUCACUCUGACCAGAGAGGACUUAGAGAAGUUCAAGGCGCUGCGCAUCAUUAUCCGCAUCGGCAGCGGCUACGACAACAUCGACAUCAAGGCUGCCGGGGAGCUCGGCAUCGCGGUGUGUAAUAUUCCCUCAGCGGCUGUAGAAGAAACCGCAGACUCGACACUUUGUCACAUACUCAACCUGUACCGGCGAAACACCUGGCUGUACCAGGCUCUCCGGGAGGGCACGCGGGUCCAGAGUGUGGAGCAGAUCCGGGAGGUGGCGUCGGGGGCGGCCAGGAUCCGAGGAGAGACGCUUGGCCUCAUCGGAUUUGGUCGAUCAGGCCAGGCGGUGGCAAUGCGGGCCAAGGCGUUCGGCUUCAACGUGAUCUUCUACGACCCCUACCUCCAGGACGGCUUGGAGCGCUCGCUGGGCGUUCAGCGAGUCUACACGCUCCAGGACCUGCUCUACCAGAGCGACUGCGUCUCCCUGCACUGCAACCUGAACGAACACAACCACCACCUCAUCAACGACUUCACCAUCAAACAGUUUUUCCCAAGGUCCUCUAAAAGACGCCCCCAACUUGAUCUGCACACCCCACACCGCCUGGUACAGCGAGCAGGCGUCGCUGGAGAUGAGAGAGGCCGCCGCCACAGAAAUACGCCGAGCCAUCACUGGCCGUAUUCCUGACAGCCUCCGAAACUGCGUCAACAAAGAGUUCUUUGUCACCACGGCACCCUGGGGGAUGAUGGAGCAGCAGCAGCCUCAAGUUCACCCUGAGAUCAAUGGUGCCGCCUACAGAUUCCCUCCUGGCGUGGUGGGCGUUGCCCCCGGCGGGAUUCCCGGACCUAUGGAGGGGUUGGUGCCUGGGGGAGUGCCCAUCGCCCACACCCUGCCCCCUGGUACCCAUCCGUCACAGGCCACCUCCCCCAACCAACCCUCCAAACAUGGCGACCCCAUGAGAGAGCACAUGACUGAGCCGUAGGACUGCUGCCGCAACCGAGCAAAAGGGGGGGCUAAAACCCGAUGUAAACUUAAAAAAAACCCAGCGACCGACCAACUCAACCAUCCAACUUGUACGCUUGACUUCAGCCAUCUGAACCUACCAGCAGACUGCCUGCCGGGCAACGUUUCACACGUCUUCUUUUUGUAUGAAACCACUAAGCCCAAGUGAGGACAGCGGAUGUUAAUACACACACACACACACACGAGCUGCCACACUGAGAUGGGACUGACGGUCAAACUCAUGCGUCGAAGAUCGGAAACCUUUCCUCCCCCCCAUAAUCUGUUUCUGUUCGUCCUUGAUUUAAGUGAUGUUUUUGUUUUUAUCUUUAUUUUUUGAGUAUAUUUUACGGAGAAUUCCUCCCGACUCCUGGGACACGUUGACUUUACCACGUGCAGGAUGGAAACAUGACCCACGCUCCCUACUUUUAAAGGGGGGAGGCUGAAGGGACAGGGACUUCAUAAACGAUCCGUCGAGCCUCCGCUUUCCCUCCUUCCUCGUCAGUUUCACCCAUUUCAGCGCCAACAUGUCCUGUGUUCUUUUGUUUUUGUUUUUUUUAAUUUUCUUCGGUUUAUCCUAUAUUCUGUGUUUCUGUUGCAAGUGAAUAUCUGUUUUUGUUUUGUUUUUUCUGUUCUUCAGUGUGUGAAAAUGAAUGGAUUUACAGUUACACGUAUGUUUAGCAGACAAGAAAAGUCAGCUGAUGACAACAGCAGCAUCUGCCGUCUCCGUCAGAAAUCUGGACUCCAUCUUUGCUCCAUUUUUCCAAUCGUCGUGGCUGGUGGCCCCUGAAUGUAGAGACAAGAUGCGGGGCAGCAGAUGUGGUUUCCAGUUCCAGGAAGAAUAUUUUGGCUUAUGAGGUAUAAAAAAAAAAAAAGACCCUUUUCAACCAAAAACUGGCAAGAAGAAAAAAAAGGAAACGACCAUUCGUGGUUAGAUAUUUUCUGUUGAGUGUGUCAUCUCAAUUAAAUAUUGCUGUUGUAACUUUUCCAACUCUGCUGAACUGAGGUACCUACGAUAUUUGGUUAUUGUCACGAACAGCGUCCCAGAUGUUAUCUGUUCGCAUCCAAAGGACCUACAGUACAUUGCAGCACCAGCUAGCGAGGUAGGAAAGUGUUUGGGAAAAAAACAAACAAAUCUCUUACUGACUCAGGAAAAAAUAUUAACCCUCAAAUAUGUCCAAAUCGAAACAGAAAUGGAAAAAAAAACAAAAACAAGUCUGGAUUAUUGCUUUUCAUGUCUCCACCUCUUUCUCCAUUGUGGUAUUUUUUUAUAUAUCAAAUGUACGUUUUUUGAUGUUCAAGGUUUUCAGUCCUGUUAGAUUUGUAUUGCCUUGUUAAAUGUUCUUAUAAUCAUAGUCUUAUGUGAACGACCCCACCCUCUCCUCCUUAUAGUUUCUUUGUUUUUCUGCUCUAAUGGAAUCCAGCUGUGGCUCUCGGAGGCAUCGUGCCCUCUGUGAACAGCAGCCACAUUCAUUCCUUUUAGCCCCACGACGUUAGCAAGAGACGGCUGCUAGCAGAUUGUUUGGUUUUUAGUGUGAGUAUUUGUAUUUGUUUCUUGUACAAGGUGAACAUAUAGCAUACAGUGCAGCUGGAAACAAUAAAUAAAACUUACUGUUCUGAUUGA